CUAUCAGCUAUGCGCCAAACUCUAGAAUCGUACCAACAAAAUGGGAUUAUUUGACGAACUAACGAUUGCCACUUGUUAUUAAUUUCUUCUUUUUUCUUUCCUUCUACCACUUAAAUUCUCAAAACCUUGUAUUUUCUUCAUGUAAGUUGAGAACUCGUCCCAUUAUAUUUCUGCCAGUGGGGCUCUGCUUUCAACUAAAAAAAUAUACAACACAAAAUGUCUACCAUAACUACCCUUGUUUUUUCACCCUUAAUUCAGUUUCCUAAACCCAAAUCAUUUUCCACUUCUAAAUUGAAUUUCCGUAGUAAAUUCACUUUCUUAUCCCGUGAUAAAAAAUACCCAUAUCCCAAUAUGGCGGAUUUAGUAAGAAGUCAAGCUAGUGUAGGUGAUGAUGGAGUGGGUGUAAAAAUUGGAGGUUUUGAACAAGAAGCUUUCAUUGAUGGGUCCUCAAUUUCUGCUACUGGUGGACUCAACGCCACUCUCAAUAAGUUGAGUAAGUGGCUGGUGGCUGCAGUUUUUGGUAUAAUCUUCCUUUGGAGGCAUGACGCAGAAGCACUUUGGGCUGCUUCUGGUUCUGUUCUGAAUGCCUGGCUCUCAACUGUACUGAAGAGAAUACUGAACCAAGAGCGACCCGUUUCUACACUAAGAUCAGACCCUGGAAUGCCAUCUUCUCAUGCACAGUCUAUCAUCUAUGCAGCGACAUUCUGUAUUGUCUCAAUAGUAGAAUAUUUUGGGUUAAACGGAAUCACCGCAGUCAUUAGCGCACUUAUCUUUGCAAUUGGCUCCUACUUUUCAUGGCUACGGGUUUCACAACGGCUUCACACAACCAGCCAAGUAGCCGUAGGUGCUGUUUUAGGAUUCUCUUUCUCCGUUUUCUGGUUUUGGUUGUGGGAUGCAAUAGUCCUGAAGGCAUUUAUAUCCCACUUGUGGGUUCGGCUUAUUAUCGUUCUUGGCACUGCCGCCAUUUGUGUCAGCUUUCUCCUAUAUGUGGUUCGAUACUGGGUUCUUGAGGAAAACUGAUUCUUUAUAAAGUGAGAAAGUAAACACUAACAUUGAUCAUUUUAGAGCAACUAAUUAACCAUACAAAGCUUAUAAUUUCCACGCAAAA